AUUCGGACUAAAAUGAGCUAAAACGUUCGGAGUAUUAACACUCAACUCACUUUCUCGACCGAAUCAACGAGAUAAACCGUUUUGACAACCUUGCAUGCUUAUGAAUUUAGUCUUCAUCUCUUUUUUUUUAUGCUUUUUUAUGAAUGAGGGGAAUUUUGUCUUAAUAAGGAAUCAACAUCUCUCUUGGUGUGAUUCAAGUUUUUUCGAUGAACUUGACCAUAAUAUUCACCCAUUUUACUAGACAUUUACCAUAAACAAUUUCGAAUGAGCCUAAAAAUAGAAGAAAAUAGUUUGUAAAGCUAAGGAGAGAUUAAAACAUUGUAUUUUACACAUUUUAAGAUUUAGGCUUCCCCACCAUAAAAUACAUGCAUGCAUUCUUGACAAAAUUUUAUAAAGGAAAAAUAUAUAUGAUACAGAAUAUAAUGCACGUUCAUUGAAUCAUUAAUUAGGGAGCCUACGAUCAACGCCCGAAUAUUAGUAUCCUGCUAAAAUUAAAAUUACCGUUAAUGUUCUAAAAUCUGUGUAAUCAUUUGUAAUAUAUUUCCUAAUUCUAUUUCAUGAUACGUUUUUCAAAUUAAUCCCAUCAAAAUUUUCCACAUAUAACACUGCAUUAAAAUGGAAGAUUACUCUUCCCAUUUCUUCAUUAUAAUUUGGAACCCUAUAAAUCCCCUUUGUUUGGUCUCUCAAUGAGGAAAACAAAUCAAAUCCCAGAUCGAAAUUAACUAGACAGAAAAUUAGUUCCAGGAAAUCAAGUAGUAAUCGCCAUGGCUAUUGGAGGAGUCAAAGUAGGAUGCCUGGUAGCAAUGCUACUAGUGGCUACGCUAGCUAGCAGCGAAGCUGCUGCAGGCACUCGAUUUGUUGGGACACGUCCUAACGAUCACGUGAUCGAGUCGAGAUGUUGCAGGGAGUAUUACGACUUGGGAGAGUGCAUUCCUGGGAAGAACGACGCUCCUGGUGGGAACUGCUACGAGUUUUGCAUCGAGGAGUGUGACGGUGCGCUAUGCAAGCAAACAUCUAAAGGCCAUCACUGUCAUUGUUUGUGUUGAUCACGAUCAUAUGGAUUGUCCAUCGAUCCUUGCACGUAGAAAUUCAUCACUUUCUCGAUCUUCUUGUUGGCCAUAAUUCGAACAAUAAUGAAGAGUUCUCAUGAUGUAUUCGUCAUUUUGAUGUUGUUUGGAGGUUUAAUGUAAUACAAGAAUUGGUUUGGUACGAGGAUCUGGAAACACCCAUCACUACUAAAAUACUAUUAUACAUAAACUCUACCCUCCGGCCUCCAGGGUGUAGAUUCCAUUUCGAUUUUAUGUUCAAAUUCAAGAGAAAUUUUACAAUGCUAUAUAGUAUUGGUGCUAUAGGGUUUUGCCUUUAUGGUACAAUUUAAAAUUGUACAUUUACGUUAUGGUACAACUUCAUAUUGUACCUAUACUUUUUGUACAAAUUCUUUUAUGGUACAUCUUGAACUUGUACCUUUAUCUGAUGGUACAACUUCAAGUUAUAAAGUUGUACCAUAACAUAAUAGUACAAAUUGCUUUAUGGUACAGCCUAAACUUAUACAUUUAAUGUUAUGGUACAACUUUAAGUUGUACAUUAAAGCACCAAUACUAUAUAGCAUAGUAGAAGUGCUCCAAAUUCAAACCAAGCCAAUAACAAGUUUAAUGGUUUCAGAUUCUCGAUCAGUGUAAAAUCAUUUUGUAACUUAACGAUUGUAAACUGUAAAAUGGAUAAUAAACCGAAAAAUCAAAAUCAUAUUACGAAAAUGCCAUCCGAAAAAUAUAUUGGCCCAAAUCAGUGCUUAAUGGACCUCUCAUCCGUGGAGAAUAGGAUCAAUAGACUUCAUUAUCGGUGGAGAAUAGCCUCGGCAUGAUUCAGUGAUCUGUAGCCCCCAGUAUUAAAAGAAAAUGGCAUUUCGGAUAAAUCGCCCGAAAUCUGUGAUGGUACCCAUUUGGAAUCUGCCAAAAAUUGACCAUGAAUAAAUCCGCCCAAAUCGAUGCUUAAUAGACUCAAUCAUCGUUGGAGAAUAGCCUCAGGCCGAAUCCGAGAUCUAUAGCAUUCAAUAUCCAAAGAAAAUGACCUUUCUCGCCCAAAAAAUUAUGAAAAUGCCAUCCGAAAAUAAAUAUGUCCAAAUCGGUGCAUAAUGGACUUAUCAUCCGUGGAGAAUAGGAUCAAUAGACUUCAUUAUCUGUGGAGAAUAGCCUCGGCCUGAUUCCGUGAUCUGUAGCCUCCAGAAUCGAAAGAAAAUGGGAUUUCAGAUAAAUCGCUCGAAAUUUGUGAUGGUACCCCUUUGGAUUCUGCCAAAAAUUGACCCGGUAUAAAUACGCCCAAAUCGGUGUUUAAUGAAAUCAAUCAUCGUUAGAGAAUAGCCUCAGGCUGAAUCCGUGAUCUGUAGCUUUCAAUAUCCAUAGAAAAUGGCCUUUCGUCGUCUAAAAAAUUACGAAAAUGCCAUCCGAAAAUAAAUUGGCAGAUAUUGGUUCUUAAUGGAUUUAUUAUCCGUGGAGAAUAUGAUAAAUAGACUUCAUUAUCGGUGGAGAAUAGGCUCGGCCUGAUUCCGUGAUCUGUAGCCUCCAGAAUCGAAAGAAAAUGGGAUUUCUGAUAAAUCGCUCGAAAUUUGUGAUAGUACCCGUUUGGAUUCUGCCAAAAGUUGACCCGGUAUAAAUCCGACCAAAUCGUUGUUUAAUGAAAUCAAUCAUCGUUGGAGAAUAGCCUCAGGCCGAAUCUGUGAUCUGUAGCCUUCAAUAUCCAAAGAAAAUGGCCUUUCGUCGCCCAAAAAUUUAAGAAAAUGCCAUUAGAAAAUAAAUUGGCCUAAAUCGG